UGCCGGCAGGUGCGGAACGCGACGGCGGUGUUCAUCAUCAACCUGUCGGUGUCGGACCUGUCCUUCUGCUGCUUCAACCUGCCGCUGGCCGCGUCGCUGUUCGCGCAGCGCGCCUGGACCCACGGCGACCUGCUGUGCCGGCUCUUCCCGCUCUUCCGCUACGCCCUCAUGGCCGUCUCUCUCUUCACCGUGCUCGCCAUCACCAUCAACCGAUACGUCAUGAUCGGACACCCCAGGCUCUACCCGAGGCUGUACCGGCGGCGGUGGCUGGCGCUGAUGGUGGCGUCCACGUGGCUGCUGGGCUUCGGCGCGCUGGUGCCCACGUGGCUCGGCGUCUGGGGCCGCUUCGGGCUCGACGACAAGGUGGGGUCGUGCACCAUCCUGCACGACCACAACGGGCGCACGCCCAAGGAGUUCCUCUUCAUCGUCGCCUUCGUCAUACCCUGCAUCGUCAUCGUGGUGUGCUACGCGCGCAUCUUCUACAUCGUGCGCAAGACGGCGCUCAAGUCGCGCGGACCCCGCGGGGGCGGCUCCAGCGUGGCGGCCGCCUCCGCCAACAGCGGGGGCGGCACCGCCGCCUCCAGGAAGGCCGACGCCGCCCUCUCCUCCUCCGCAGCCAGGGCGCACGCCGUGCUGGAGAACGGCGCUGGAGCGGCGACGCGCUUGGAGGCUGGCUCCAGGCCACUGCUGCUGGACGUGCCGAGGGCAGCCCACGAGCCCUCCUCCUCCUCCGGCAUCGAUGUCAGCAAUGCGGGGAGCCUGUGCGACGAGGACGACACCGCAUCCGGGGGCGGGGCCGGGGCCGGGGGCGGCAGCCGCAGCGGCACGCCCACCUCCCUGAGCAGCCGCGGGGGCGGCAGGAGCUGCGGGGGCCGGCGGAGGCGGCGCUCCGGCAGGUCGCCGUCCGCCGUCGCGCUCGGCUCCGCACUCUGCCAGGUGGCAGCAGUGUUUGGCAGAGGGCGCGCACCCAGCGGCAGCCCCUGCUCCGUCCGCAGAUACAGCAACAACAACCUGGCCGCUGCACUGCCCACCAGCCCUCCCGUCCCAGGGAAGAUGACGACAAAGGACAAGAAGCUGCUGAAAAUGAUCCUGGUGAUCUUUGCAUCGUUUGUGGUGUGCUACCUGCCCAUCACAGUCAGCAAGACGUUCCACUCGGUCACCAACCUGCACGGGCUCAACAUCGCCGGCUACAUCCUCAUCUACCUGUCCACAUGCAUAAACCCCAUCAUCUACGUCGUCAUGAGCUCAGAGUACCGCCAGGCCUACAAAAACCUGCUCAUGUGCCGUGCCUCGUCUGGAGGUGGAGCGACACCCGGCGGAGGCGGUUCUGGGGCGGGGGCAGGACAGCAGCCGCAGCGGCAGGACAACAACCUGAUGGAGCUGGCGGCGGCAGGGACAGCCGGCCGCUGCGGGUCACAGCGAGCAUGACGGUGACGCCGGAGGCCGUGGUGGCGACGGGGGCGCCACCCCCAUCCCCACAGGGAGCUCGCGUCGGCUGCGGGCAGCGGCAGUGGGCGCAAGACUUAGUCGGCGUGGCCUCCCUGCAGUGG